UUUUAUUUGUAUUUGCCAUGUUGGGAGUUGUUCACAUUUCGUCAAUGGAUACCUUUAGAUUAUACACUAACGAUUUGUCUUUUGAAACGAGCAUGUGUGUCUACAAAAUUAACGGUGUUUGUAUUGUUAUUGAAAAAGAGAGUAUGGAUAGUAGGGAUAUUCAAAUAAUGGCAUUCACUUUGAUGUUGAAAAAGUUCCCUGUUUUAUUUUCUAGAACUCGAAAGACAAGAAAAAAUGAAAAUUCCGCUUUAGAAUCUUUGAAAACAUUAUACGAGGGCACGUUUGGACGAGAAAUCACUUGUGAUGAGUUGAUAACGAAGAUAGAUGACAUGAAAAAGACAGUGACAGAGAAGACACAGUUGAAGAGUGGGGUUAACAGGGAAAUGAAUCUUCAAGUAUGGGAGAAUAUUAUACUCGAUUUGAUGGAUGGUAAAUCGAAGCCCUCUAGGAUCAGGUUGAAAGGUGCACUGAUCCGGGGUUUGUCUACUGAUGAUGACGAAGAAGAAAAUAAACCUAAAAAAAUCAAACUUGCAAACCCAUUAGAUGAAUAUGAGACGCAUGAAACAAAACAGUUGUCAAAUGAACAAUUGAAAAGAUAUGUAUUGUUGCAACAGUUGCGGGUUUUAAAGUUGAAAGAGGAAAAAUUGAACCGUUCACUGACAAAAUGAAAUGACAAAUAGAAAGCAUUUUAUUGAAAUCUUCAUAUUCUUAGACUGAAGGUUUGGCACUUUAUAUAUUUGAUCUAAAGCCUUCUUCUUAUAAAGGUUAUUUGUGUGAACGGCGAAAAUAUAAUGGAUAUUGGUUGUUGAUGCAUUUCUAUUAAAUUAUUGCACUUAAGCAAUUGUUGCAGCAAUACAUAAAUUUCAAUACAAGAAUAGAUUUUUUUUAAGCACAAACAAUGAAAUAUUGAAUUUGCACAAUUAUUCAUUAAUCAUUAUUUUAUAUCUUAUAGUUGAUUGUGAUUUUAUGUAUGUAGGUAUGAGGCUGUUAAAUUUUGGGUUUAUUCCCAUCAGAUUUUUGUUUCAAUAAAUGUUUUCUCGUGUUUCA